AUGUGCAAGUGCCUUCUAGCUCUAUUGGCGUGCUUUCUGCCGCCAAUCGCUGUCCUUCUCUAUGACGGAUGCUCGGCGAAUUUUUGCAUCAAUAUCUUGUUCACCUGCCUCGGUGGAAUUCCAGGAGUGAUUCACGCCUGGUACGUCAUUCUAAUUCAGCAGCCGAUGGUCGUCACAAACGUCUACAUUCAGCAACAACCGCAACAAAUGUGCCUCAGAGUCGAACCAUCAGCUCCGCCGCCUUACGACGCUUAA